AUGGCGGGCAAAGAAUUAGAUAGCAACUUUUUUAUAUUCUUGCCGCAGUGUUUUACAAAUGAUCCUGUUUCCGAUAUUGAGAAAGGUUCAAGGAAUUCUUGUUAUGCCGGAGAGCAUCUGUGCUUUUUCCUGAUAGCUCAGUUUCGCGGCAAGAACCGUUCAGAUGCGAAGUUCCAAGCGUGGCAAAAACGCUUGCUACGUUUGUGUAGCUGUGUGAGUGUGAGUAGCAUCGAUUUGAUGAUCCGGAAAGAUGAAGCACCUACUGGCGGAUUUAUUACUUGUUGGCCUAUCAGCUCUUUUAAAAUGGAGGGAAAGGAAACCAAUCUUUAUAAAGAAAAGGUAAUCUAAGACAACAAGCUAAGCAAUGCACAUGCUUAACCCUUCGAGGACCGCCUUGGUCGUUGUCAUUUCUUGUGUAACGAUGCAUAUUUUCCUUCAUGAAUCCAUUUAGCUUUCCGUUGUAGCUAUUAAGAUGGUAAGCAGCUAAAUCAGCUAGGAUAGAUCUUUCCAGAGGUACCUCAAGGCCAUUCCAUUUUAUAUCCACAAGUCCACUAGAGAUUUUCUAAGGGGGUCAAUGCUAUAAGAAAGGUUUUUCGGAAGGGAGUUACUGUUCAACGUGCCAGUUUUUUAAAAGGUGAAAAUACCAAGAAAUAUUAUAUUUUCUGAAGGAAUAGGGGCAGUGUUACAUCACUCAUAUUAGGUUCAGUGUAUGCAAUAAUUCCUUAUGAGUGACGUAACACUGCCCUUAUUCCUUGAGAAAAUAAAAUAUUUCUUGGUAUUUUCACCCUUAUUCUUUUGAAAAGUGCUUUAGAACUUCUUCCCAGAAUGGGACAAAUAAUGCACCUAUCAAUGUAAAUCCCGUGGGGGGGAGGGGGGGGGAGUACGGGCAAGGGGCGGGGAUUUGAUGCCUGAGACUAUCCCCCUGUCGGGCUUUUGAUCAUGCGAAGCGACCCUGGGGUCGGGACAUUUGACUUUGACUGACAGAAGCCUGGUAUCAAUUCAGAAGCAGUUACCAAGUCCGUCCCUCGAAGCUUUCUGAAAGUCGCGCUGUUGGAGAAAGGUGUGAAGUUUUCAUUUGUUUUAAUCGCCAUAAUCCGAUACUUUAAACUGUCAUCUAAACAGAUAAUGUCUAUUUUGAGAAAGUUUUUAUCUUCAAGUUCCCGUCUGAUUGUAAAACUCGAUUGAAAUCGAAUUCCACCAUGAAAGUCAGAAGAUUUUUUACGGGUCACUGAUCCGACCUGUUCCGACAUGUUGAGCAGAUGUUAUAAAGCAUUUUACGUUUCAAUAAUAUCAUAAUAGCACGGUCAAUCUUCCUAGAGUGAUUUUGUUGUUCAAAAUAAAAGAUGCUAGUGGAGAGAGAAAAUACUUAAUUACAGCCAGUAAUUUAAAGGAGCUUAUGUUUAAUAAGGACGUACUUUUGAAAUGUUUUUUAAUUCGUUUUAUACAGUAUUAUAGUAUUGUUUGUUUAGAUUUUUUCGCCUAGGGUGGGGGCUUUUUUGACACUUUUGAUUGACCUUUUGUUUCCAACCCAAGGGAAUUUGAUCAAAAAAUUUUAAAAUUUGUCAAAUCCCCACCCCUUGCCCACACUCCCCCCCCCCCCCAAAUGGGCUUUUUUUUUCAUCUACCAUCAUCGUUGCCACUUUUUCCCGUGGUAUCAAACAAAAAAAAUACAAUUUUUAUCCCACGAAAUUUACCAACAAUCCCUUCUUAUAAACACGACGGAAAGCGAACAAACACAAAAACAUCCCAUUAUUUAGAUUUCUUCGCGAUCGGUGGGGUCUUUUUGUUCCCUUUUUUGUUCUCUUUUGUUCCCAACCCAAAGAAAUUAAACAAAAAAAAUUUAAAAAUUGUCACAACCCCCCCCCCCUCCCACCCCCCCCCCCCCCCCCCCAAUGGGGUUUUUUAUUGAUAGGUGCAUAACAGUGCCACAUUUUCCAAGGGAUACAAAACAAAAAAAUAUAAUUUUUUCCUCAGGACUUCUGACCGAAACCUCCUCCUCAAUAGAGGUGGGGAAGGGAUCUGACCAAAAAUACCUCCUUAACAGGGGUGGGGGAAUGGUGGUUAUUGAAUGUAAUGGCCGUCGUUUUACCAAUGAGUCUUUGCUAAAUUAAAUAAGCCCCCCUCUCAAAUAUGCCCUCUGUCUCUAUAAGCCCCCCGCCCCCCCCUUCAAGUGUGUUUGAAAUAAAUACGCCUAUAGGGGGGCUUAAGAGGAUUUAUGGUAUGGGCAUGGGCAAAAAACAUAAAUGACGCUGAAACAGUAUACUUGUGUGGGUGAGUGAAUUUGAGCUUAAGCUAGAAAAAGAAAACCAUUUUCCUCCAUUUGUUUUGUUGUGGUUUGUAUUUUCUCUUUCUAGAUUGAACCAAAAAUCACAUCUCGUGGGGAUAUCAUCUACCCCUUGAAUGUUGUACUAGACUCACUGCCUGCGCUCACCAGAAGAAUGCGUCUUUCGGUGAAUGUCUGGACACCCGAGCUUGAUGCAUUUCAAGCAGAGCCAUUCCAGAAAGGUGACUUUAAAAGAUAUCUGGUAAAUCAUGACCCAGAAGAGCUUAUAGAAGAGUCACGGAAUGCAUGGCGAUGUAUAGGUAAAAUUUACUUAACUAUUGGAAUUCAAACAUGUCAGUGCAGUUUAUUGUAUGGUUGAAAGCUUAAACCUGGGAAGGUAUUAUGCAUCUUAUGUAAAAAAUUGCAGGUUCUUGAAAUCACUUUAUGAUGAGCCUUGAAGUCCCAUGUUUGUGAGUUCCUUCCAUCUCUGAUUUUUCAAAUGUUUGCUUCAAAGUCUCAUAUUUCUCAAACAUUGCCAAUGUGUCUCACUGAGUGGGGGAUUUCUUUAUUUUUUAUUAAACAUUGUUGAUAUGAUUUGUAGUGAAUGCAACCCUCCCAGUUGUUACACCUCCGACACUUCGGUGCAAGUAUUUUCAAGUGGCUAGCAAGCAUUUUCUCUGCAUUGAAGGUAAAUGAUAUACAUUUUAACCUGGAUUGUAUAUUCAACUACUGACAUGACACCGACACACUAGUAUAGAGUGUUUUCACAAUAAAGAAGAAGAAGAAGAAGCCAGAAAAAUUACUCAUAAAUACAUUUAUGUAACCUAUCCGCAUCUCAGGUCUGUCCAGCCUACCAUUUUUUAGUUAUUUUCUGACAAGUUUCAUCAGUUUUAUAGAGCUUUGUAUGGAGAUGCCAUGCCGGUGUACCAACAUGGGACACCAAUAUGGCGACCUGAGGUCAACAAAGACAUCAUUCUGGAUUUCACUUAGUUUUGUAAAUUCACAUAAACACAUAUUUUACUGUUUGAAAUGUUUAAAUGGCUGAAAUUAUAAGGAGAUAGCUUUCUAUAACCAGACAUCUCAGCCAUCUUCAACCUGGUGAAGAGCUGAUAAAAAUCCAGAGGGACUCGCUAUUUUGAUUUUAGAGUAUGAUGAUGUCAAUGGUGAAAACACUCUAUCAAGCAAACCUGUAUAUUCAGCAGUGAGCUUUAUGUAUUAAAUUUCGUUGUUUUCACCUCUGAUAAGCCAACUGAUCUGAAUUAUAAAAACGUUAUGUCAGUUAUUUUGUCAAGUGUGAGGUUUAAUAAAGUCAUGAAAGCAAUUAUUGCUUUUAUGACUUUCAAGAUUACUGUAAUUUGAAGGCAAUUUUCAACUGUUUCUCUAUUUUUUUCUAAUUAAAAAUGUGCUUGUCCCACGGACAAGUCAUGUCAAAGGAUUACAUGUUCCAGACAAUUGGACAUAGGUUUUGGCUCACCCUGCACAUACAGUACAAUUAAAAUAGCUUUUUAUUAUAUAAACACCAAUGAAAUACCAAGUGAGCUUUUGCGUGAAAACUUGAUAUCUUCACAUGAAAAUAACAUGGUAUCUUCACAUGUGAAAAUAUCACCGUUGCUAGGGCUUCAUAAUAAACCACACCUUUCAGACCAAAAAACUAUCUAAAUAAAAUGGUUUGGUAUUUCAUCGGUGUUUAUAUAAUUUUAUAUAAUAAAUAGAACAUUACAUGGUUGUUUGGAGAUACAAAUUUCUCUUCUUGUGUUGAAAAAAAUAUUUCACUCAUUCGCUGCGCUCACUCAUGAAAUAUUUUUCAACACUCGAAGAGAAAUUGCGUAUCUCUGCGCGGCCAUGUAAUAUCCUCUAUUUAUUAAACUUUCGUUUUACAUAACUUACAUACUUAAGGAGGGGCAAAUAUAGAACAGUAUAGAGCUACAGUGUAGUUUUCUUUAUUUCUUUUUUCUAGUUAUUAACACUUUGGGGAAGUCAGUCAAUGUUUGUCAAGUAGAUGUUCAUGCAAGUUCUGACAUUGGUGCUGAAAAUGCGAGAAACAUGAUCCACAACCAAGUUCACUCAGCACAACACUUAAAACCAAAAAUGUAAGUGAAAAGGAACAUUUCUUGGCAGAGUCAAUAGUAGUCAAAUCAUAGUAAUCUUCACAGGUUCUUGAAAAUGUUGCUCUUAACUGGGCUGCCACACAGUCAUAAUUUUGGUUUUCGGUUGUCUGUGUAGAAAAACGAACUCGCAGGGGAGGGAAGACACGAGGUCUGCAACCAAGAAACAAUGUUCUCACAACUUGUUUCAUAUGCCUUUGGGCAGUGACAUGUCAUCAGUAUAAUUUAUAUUUCUGCAGUUGUUUGGUCAGAAAUAAAAUUCCAAAACUAAUUCCCUGAAUGUCUGAUCCCUGCACCAGCCUUCCAUCAUCACCCCACCCUCACUCUCACCAACAGCAAAAUAUUUUGUUCUUUACUGCCUUCUGCCUCCCUCCUCCCACCCCUCAAUAAAACAGCUCUCUAGACAAAAUUUCCUACUGGAAAAUUUAUAAGAAACUUCUGCUCUAAUAGAGACUUACAUGAGUGGUGGCAAUUUUUUGUACAGAGUUUCUCAACCCAAAAAAUGGACAAGACACUUGUGCACUUUCAUGUUUAAUUUCUUGCUUCUUUUUCAAUUUCAUAUCAUCAGGUUCUCUUGUCUAGAUGUUUUCCCAGUUUCAAAAUGUGAAAAUUUAUCAAGCAAGCAUCCAAUUUUCCUCAGACCUUGGGAACACUAUGCAUUUCUGUUUAGAAUUAUUCACCAUGAAAGCCAGUUGGGAUCGCAUAAGGUAUGAAUAUGUCAGAUCUGGGUAGUGACAUGUCAUCAGUAUUGUACAAAUUAUGUACAUGUAUCUUUCUCUUACAAUGCUAGUAUGUGCUUCAUCAGGUGGCCGGCAAAGAGAAAGACAAUGAUCAAUAAUAGAUUCACUGAUUGUUGGUACAGUGGAACUUCAAUAUUAUAAUAAAGGGCCAAGGUCCCUGCAAAAUAUGCUCGGUUUUAAAGGGUUUUGUUCUAUCAAGACCCUUUUCCAAAUGAUAUACUAUUACCAGGACAAAGAAUAAAUCAAGGGCGUUGUUAUAUAGCAGUUUGUUAUAUCAAGUUUCCACUGUCAUCUGUAGUAGAAUUGUUUAAAAUGAGGAAGACUUAAAAUCUCAUUUUCUUUCAAUAGAAGAUAUUGUUUUAUUGGUGGCAAUAAAAACAUGAAAUACCGAGUUUCCUCAUUGAAGCAGCCACUCCCUUGGUCUCAUUGGCACCCUGACUGAAUAAGCACCCUAUCAUGCCUGUCAAUUUUUUAGAGAGUGAGGGUGUCAUAAGGGAAGCCUUGUUUUGCCUUUUUUAAUUAUUACCAUAAUUUGAAAACACUGGUGUCAAAAUAAGGAGACAGAUUCUUCACCAUCAAGUUAGUUUCAUUUAUAUCUGUCUCCAUGCAGAGUGUCCAUUAUCUGCCAAAGAAUCACCCCCUUCAAAUAGGCACCCUCUCCUCCUUUGACAUAUGUUGUAGUUAAUUUUUAAUCUCAGGUAAUUUUUAUUUUUCUUUUGUUUCAACUUCAUUAGCAUGCAUUACCAUACCCAAAAACAACAGAAAAACAAAAAUUACCCGAGAUUACAAAUUAACUACAGCAUAUACAUGUAAAUUCUAGCAUUAUUAAAUAUAUACAAUUUAAUUAAUUAAUUAAUUUAUUUAUUUAUUUUAGCAUUUGGAAGUAGCACUUAAGGGGUCCAUAACCUGGGAUGUAGAAACACUCAGAGGCUGGAAUCACGAAAUUAACACAACGUACAGGUACUUAUCGUCCCUUAAAAAUGCUUCUAAUAUCCUAUUACUGUUCCAACCAGCCAUAACUAGUCAGAGUAAAAAUUCAUCUUUUAAUAAUUAUAAUAGUUUUGGACAACAGAUCCAAAAAAUGUCAUCAAAGGUCGCAAGAGAUUUUGUAGUUUCUUCUUGGAGAGGGAGAUGAAAGAUAAAGAAAACAACCAAACUCCUUAAAGUCAAUCAAAAUUGAGCAUUAAUUUGUCGGUCAGUUUGAUGGAUGUCCUCCUCUUCUAUACUGGUUUAUUAUUUAAAGAAAAAUUUAGUGGAAUUAAAAGCUGCUCUAAGCAAAAAAUUACAGCUUUUACAGUCAUGAAAAUAAGUCGCUUUUCAAUCUAAAUGUCCUCAUCAUAAACUUUCAGUCAGUCUUUUUUCAUGCUGAUACAACGUUUUUGUUUGGUGCUUUCAAGUUUUGAGUGAAAAGAUAAAAAUUAUAAGGCCUUCUGAGCUCCAGUAACAGCUGGCAAUUUUUCCUGUUAUCAUAUGCAGAUUUUAUUUAUAUUAUACAGUACAGUAGCUGGGCAAGUACCAUUUCAACUACAUGUAGAUUCAUUUUUUACCUAUUACCCGUAUUUAUCGUAUUUCUUUUUUUUAUUAUUUUUAUAUUUUUUUAUGUUCCUAUUUUUCAACAGCCUUCCUGUCUUUCUUGUAAGAAGGUCAUCAGUCAGUGUGAGAGCAACCUGUCAGUCAUGUGUGAGCAAAGGAAAGAGGUAGUGAGAAUCAGCAAAUGAAAAAAGAUUCCAUAUUAUUUUGUGCUAGUCUAAUCGUGCCUGUUUUGUACAUUGUCUCCCAUCUUUCAUAAAAAAAAUAAUGAUUUGUCACUCUCAAUAAACUUAUCAUUUUAAUUAAGUACUCUCUGAUUCGAAUUAUUGCUUUAAAAACAAUCGUCGCCUGGUAAGCUCAGUUGGGAGAGCGCCAGUCUGCUAAGCGGGAGGUGGCAGGUUCAAACCCCGGCCGGACCAACACUCAGGGUCUUAAAAUAACUAAGGAGAAAGUGCUGCCUUUGUAAUGACACCUGCAACAGUUAGACUUUCCAGUCUUCUCCGAUAUGGACAAAAAACUGUAGCCCCUCACCAAUGUUUGCAAAGAGUAGGGGACGUAGACCCUGGUGGUGUGGUCAACCACUCUUGGGCUUGGUGGGUUAUUAUUUCGUAAAGACACACUUAAAUUGGAGCCCUGCUCUGUUGUGUGUUGCCCACCGUAUGGUGGAAAUGAUUACAUAAAUUAAUAAUAAAUAAUAUAGUUAUAUAUUACGUGAAUAAAAAAACACACGCACUCACACAAAAGAGACUGACUGAGCCAAAACUGUGGCUUGUUAGCUAUCAUUAGUCCUAGUCAUCUAUUUUGCAGAAACGGUCAGAUGCAUUUUGUAGAGUUUGUGUUCCUGUAAGUAUAAUGUUUUGUAAUGUAGAAUAAUUAAAACUGUAAGCGUUCUGUUGACUGUAAUCCUCCUUUCAAGAUUUCAGGUGAAGUACACAGUAACCAACACAGAGCGAGAUGAUGGUAAUGUUUCCCUUGUUUGGAGUCCCGUCAAUAAUCAUGGCAUGACAAAAGCUCAGCACAUUUCGAGUGCAGAACAAUCUGUGGUGUGUUUACAACCACAAGUGAGAAUAGGGUAAGAAUAUUUAAGCUGCAAAUUAAUGGUUCUUUUAUAGUAAAUAAAUCCUUUAGUUUACAGUUUGCAGUAACUUAGCCAAGGUGAUCCUUUUAUAUUGUCAAUAGGAAACUUGACACUGAGUUAGAUUUCAAGACACUUCACAUGAAAUUUGAAAAUUAAAUUCAAAACACUUAACAUUAGCAAGGUAAUUACCCAGCAUAAGUGAGGCCACUGGUAGUGCUAUCUUGUCCUCAGACUCUUCAGUUGGAACUUGUAGCAUUAACAAUACUUCUCUUUGCGACUGACCCAAGGGACAAGAGCUUACAACUACAGUAGAACCCUGGUAACUCGAACUCUGUAGGGAAAUGAAAAACAGUUCGAGUUCGCUAGCAUCCGAGUUAUCGGGGUCAAUUUAAAACUUGAAUUUGCCAAGUUAAAAAUAGAUAGUUACUGAUUUUGCCGCACUUCAGUGUAUGGUACAGUGAAAAUUUAACUUAUUUCAUUAGAAAUGGUAACAUGAUCAGGCAUUUUUUAUGAUAAAAUGUGGUCUGUUUGUUCCACCAAUUAAAAUCAAAUUGCUUUAGUGUUAAACAGUGUUAGUUUUAGUGUUUUCACCCUUAUACAACAAGAAAAGCUAAUGAGAUGACAUCCGAGUGGAGUUAAAAGAACCACAAUUUGAGCUAUCAGGGUAAAUUUCAGUUACUUUUUGAUCAAGGGAAAAGAUAUUUAGUUCGAGUUAGCGGAGAAUUCGAGUUAUCUGAGUAAAAAUGACUGAAAAGUGGGGCAAAAUUAAGUUAUCCAAGUUUGAGUUAUCGGGGUUCUACUUUAUUGGUGGCACUUGUGAGAGAUUGUUCAUCGUCCUUUUUCACUCUUUGAAAGGAAAGCCCUGUUUUCCCUUGGGGCGUGGCUUCUGUAGAAGUUUCAGUCAAAGAGUACUGUAUGCCUGAGCAUUCCUUGGCCUAAUUCAUGCCUACUCCCUUUCAUCUAUUCCAUGUUCCUAACCCAGCAGUUUUCCUUUGGUAACUUCAAUUUGUUUAUUAAAGGUGCUGUCCUUCUGGGUCUUCACUGACUGUCAAAGUAGAGUUUUUAGCUGUGCAAGAAGGACUUCAUGAGGUAUUACUUCCUGCAGUUGUUGUUUUUAUCAUUAACAUCACCCACAUUGUUGAGCAAAACAUUUUGCAUCAGUUACUUAACCAAGCUUAACAUAACCCAGUCACACCUCAACCUGCCUGAAACAGCAUGGAUAGAUCCAAAUCGCUGUGGCCUUUGGCUGCCACAAAAUCCUGCUCUGCUAAAGCUAUUGCCCUUUUGAUGCUUUCUACUCUGAAUCCCUUCCUAAUAAUGCCAUUGAGUGACUUCAUCACAGCUUAUUAAUCUGCUGGUUUUCUUUAGGUUGGUAAAUUUAUGAAGUGCCAAUGGCAUAGUGAGAUGGAUGGUAGAGUUCUUCCCGAUCAUUUGGCAGCAACACAGAAUAUGCCAGGCUUCACCACCGUGUCUCAUUCAUGUCAAGUUUUUGUGACAAAUGGAUAG